CUUUGGUUGCAGCUGAGAAAACUGAACAGGCAUAGUUGGGGAGCAACAUUAGGAGGCCACCAUUAUAGUUGAGAUGAGAGGGUAUAAGCUAGAGGUGGCAGAGCUAAAUCGUUUUCUUUGGUCCAAAGCUGCCUAUAUGCCCUUUUCUAAGUGUUUUCCAACAGAAUUCAUGAGAUCAUUCCACAGGAUCUCAGCAAGUGCAGUUUCUGAUAAUUUGGUCGAAUUUGUUCAGUAGCUGCUGCAACGGAGGGCUUAAAUCUUUCAUCUACACUUAACAAGGGGAGACCGGAAUAGUGGCAAAACCGUAGUUAGCAAGGCUGAGGCUCGCAGACACCUAGGCAUCGAUUUUAAUGGUCCAAACCGCAGGGAAAGCGCGCACUCCCUGUUCUUAAGUUUUUCCCUAAACAGGGAGAUAACACUAAAAAGCUGUCCCGCGUGAAGCCUGAAAGUCCUGUUUUCUCCCUAGCUUCAGUGAACAAAGCCUGACUGCUCGCCCGCGCCCAACAAAGACAACGCUCUUCCGGUCUUCGUGACCCACCCGGUGAGCAGCCCAAACCCGCCACCGUCCUCCCUCAGCUCCCACCAAUCGGGUCGCAGGGCCUCGAGCCCCGCUCUGCUGAGUCCGUUGACACUGCGUCCGGGGCCAGACGACGACAUCAGCGCGGGGUCCCCACAACGCCAUGGGGCAGAGCCAACUCUGAAGCGCGUGACCGAAGCCUGCAGUUUUUCGCUUCCGUCACUUCCGGGUGCGACAAUCUCUUCUGUCCGGCCAGACACUGGAGUCGUUAGGUGCCUCCUUGCUUCUGACGGGCCACACGUUUGCCCCUUCUCUCUGUUCCCAGCUGGAGGGAUAUGAGUGUCCCUGGGCCGUCGUCUCCGGACGGGGCCCUGACACGGCCACCCUACUGCCUGGAGGCCGGGGAGCCGACCCCUGGUUUAAGUGACACUUCUCCAGAUGAAGGGUUAAUAGAGGACUUGACUGUAGAAGACAAAGCUGUGGAGCAACUGGCAGAAGGAUUGCUUUCUCAUUAUUUGCCAGAUCUGCAGAGAUCAAAACAAGCCCUCCAGGAACUCACACAGAACCAAGUUGUAUUGUUAGACACGCUGGAACAAGAGAUUUCAAAAUUUAAAGAAUGUCAUUCUAUGUUGGAUAUUAAUGCUUUGUUUGCUGAGGCUAAACACUACCAUGCCAAGUUGGUGAAUAUAAGAAAAGAGAUGCUGAUGCUUCAUGAAAAAACAUCAAAGUUAAAAAAAAGAGCGCUUAAACUGCAGCAGAAGAGGCAAAAAGAAGAGUUGGAAAGGGAGCAGCAACGAGAGAAGGAGUUUGAAAGAGAAAAGCAGUUAACUGCCAGACCAGCCAAAAGGACAUGAAAAGUUGUGUUUGUGUGUUUUCUUCUCCUGUCCCAUAUUUGGGUUAUGAUGACUUAAUGUAGACUGAAGUUGAGGUAGUGCCUUAUGCCAUUAUGUCAUAUGUUGAAAUCCUUAUUCCGGUAUUACUGUGUCUCCAUGCCUUUUUUCCAAGUAGCAGACGUCAUGUUGCUUGGUUUUUGAUAUUUAUAUGUAAGUUUUUCAAAUUCUGCUUAAUUUUAAAAUUUAUUAUUUUGAUCUUGAAUUAUUUAUAAACCGGAAAAUGGUUUGAUUAUUGUGAGUCAAAACUCUAAGUGGUUAAAAAUUAGUAUGAAUUUUUUAGCUUCUUGAUGAAUACAGAUUUAAAACUCUCCAGUUCUUAUUUUAUGAAAUGACUUGCCUUUCUGGUAAUACAAUGCUGAUGUUUUAGUAAUUGCCUUUUCAUUACUUAGUUAAGAAGAAAUGCCAGCUGUUUAAUCACACCUACCCCUGGAAAAGAGGUGAGUGAGCCUUUUGAACAGUUGAAUUCUAUAGCUUUUUGGUGAGAGGAAGUGAUACUCCUUAUUAUAACAAACAAGGAAUUAACAAAAAUAAGGAACUUGUUGGCUACCUUUCUUUUCUGUUGAACAUUAAAAAUAGUUUGGUUUGUGGGCUGGCCAUGGUGGCUUAUGGAGAAGAGAUGAGCCUUUGUGAAGAACAUAAUGGAGAAGUGCAUGCAGGAGAAAUAACAGCACUUUAGGUGUAGUUCAGAUGAUGCCAGAUAGAUUCUACUAACCAUAUACUCUCUCAGCUUCUUAGCGUCGUUGUCACUGCUUUCUGUAGCUUUUGGGUUCAAAGUAGAUUAUAUCUAUUCCUAAAGCUUGGUGGAGGUGGGGGAGCUAUCACACACUCAAAUGAGCUUGUAUAUUUAUAAUACAAUAUAGUAUUAUAAUAACAGUUAUCAUACACUGAGAUAUACUUUCUGUGCUUGUAAAAAAUUCUUAGCCGGGCGUGGUGGCUCAAGCCUGUAAUCCCAGCACUUUGGGAGGCCGAGACGGGCGGAUCACGAGGUCAGCAGAUCGAGGCCAUCCUGGCUAACCCAGUGAAACCCCAUCUCUACUAAAAAAUACAAAAAAACUAGCCGGGCGAGGUGGCGGGCGCCUGUAGUGCCAGCUACUCGGGAGGCUGAGGCAGGAGAAUGGCGUAAACCCGGGAGGCGGAGCUUGCAGUGAGCUGAGAUCCGGCCACCACACUCCAGCCUGGGUGACAGAGUGAGACUCCAUCUC